AUGCCGCUCAGAGAGACGGUUACAGCGGCCCACGCCCUCCGCCAGAACUACAACAAGGAGCCACAGCCCAGCGCCAGCAGCCCCGACGGCACCGCGGCCAGCGCGCCGCGGGCGGCGUCUGGCGUCACGGUCUGGAGCGGCAUGUCGACGGCAGCAGCCGCAAAAGACGGCGCCGUAGUACACCGCUGUAGCCUGCUCUCGGUGGUGAUGCUGGCGGCAGUGACCUUGCUCGCGCACCUUCUGCUCCACGACGCCAAGCUGCUCCUCCUCCGGCUGCCGUCGCCCGUCUGCCUCUUCCACUCGCCAUCUCCAUUCUUCUUCGUCCCCCGCUUCUUCUCCUCGUCCGCCCAGGCUGAGCCCGAGCCAGUCUGCCUGAAACCGGCCCCGUUCACCACCGUGCCGCCCCUCUCCCGCCCUCUCACCAUGGCCCUCGCCAGCGCGACAACGCGCGUCGUCUCCGAAUUCGACUUCUCCGACGCAGACGCCAACAGACAUGUCCAAGAAUUCUUGCGACAAAUGGACGAGGGGCUGGAAAAGGAUGGCACGAGCAUCAGCCAGAUCCCGACAUACGUCACGGGCGUCCCCAAUGGCACCGAAAAGGGCUUGUAUCUGGCAAUCGAUCUGGGCGGGACCAACUUUCGCGUCUGCUCCAUCACGCUCAAUGGCGACACUACCUUCAACCUCACUUACAACAAAGUCGCAAUCCCCAAGCCCCUCAUGGUGGCAAAGACGGCCCCGGAGCUCUUUGCCUUCUUGGCAAAGCAGAUCGAGCUGUUCCUCAAAGAGCACCACGCCGAACACUUCGAGAGCCACCACAUUUUCCGCCUCGGCUUCACCUUUAGCUUUCCCGUCAAGCAGCUGGGCAUCAACAAGGGCAAGCUCAUAAGAUGGACAAAGGGCUUCGACAUCCCGGAUGCGGUGGGCAAGGACGUGUGCGCCUUGCUUCAGGUCGAAAUCGACAGGCUGCGCCUCCCCGUCAGGGUGGCUGCUCUCGUCAACGACACUGUAGGAACGCUUAUGGCGCGUUCGUACACGUCGAAAGGAAAGCAUCGUUCCAUCCUCGGCGGCAUCUUUGGGACAGGCACCAACGGCGCAUACAUGGAGAAGACGGCCAACAUCCACAAGUCCAUUGAGGGCCAGUACGACACGUCGACGGGGGAGAUGGUCGUCAACACAGAAUGGGGCUCCUUCGACAACCAGCUCAAUGUGCUGCCCUCGACUCCUUGGGACAAGGCCCUGGAUGCGCAGAGCGUGAAUCCAGGCUAUCAGAUGUUCGAGAAGCGCGUGUCGGGCAUGUUUCUCGGCGAGAUUGUGCGCUUCGCGGUUCUGGACAUGAUGAAAAACGAUGCCACGUCGCUCUUCAAAGACCUGAAUUCCAGCUUCAACGAUUGGGAGACCACGACCAACAUCAGCCCUCAGUCUGGGAUAUUCGAGGCUUGGGGUCUGGACAGCGCCAUCAUGUCGGUCGCGGCCUCGGACAACAGCCCCGAGCUGUCCACCCUCCGGCAAGAGCUGGAAAAUACGCUGCAAAUCUACAAUCCGUCGCUGGAGGAUGCCCAGGCCUUCAAGGCGGUGGCCGGUUCCGUGGCUCGUCGCGCGGCGAGGCUGUCUGCUGUCGCCAUUGGCGCUGUGGCUCUCAAGUCUGGCAAGAUUGACGAUCCCGAGGAAGAAAUCAUCGACAUUGGCAUCGACGGCAGCCUGGUCGAGCACUAUCCCUUCUUCCGAGACAUGAUCUACGAGGCGCUGUCCGCGAUCGAUGGCAUCGGCCCCGAGGGCGUCAAAAAGAUUCGCAUCGGAAUUGCCAAGGACGGCAGCGGCGUGGGCGCAGCCUUGAUUGCCCUCGUCGCCCAGCGGAUGGAGAAGCCGGACGACUUCCUGGCCGAUCUAAGAAAAGACAUCAAGCGCAGCCUGGACGCGAUACCAAAUCCUAUUGAGGAACCGAUGGUACCGACGAAUCUGUUGGCGGCGGCGGGCAUUGUCGGACUCGCUGCGAUUGCGGCCAUCUGGUGGAGUAGGCAGCGGUAG